AUGAUGAAGAAGCUCCUGCUUUCAGGCCAUCAUCACACAAGCCUAUUGUGCUGUUCAGCAACAACAAGACUAUCAUCAACACCAUCAUUACUUUUAUUCAAUCAAUGUUCUAUCAAUAAAUCGAGGCAAUUUCACUACGGAAGAGUAGUUUUUAGUUCGUCGUCAUCUUCUGAAGAUGAUCAAUCUUCGGCUCAUCCUUUCCGUUUCUUGCAAAGAGGAUUGAAAUUGGCUUCUCCUAAACUAAUAAUCUUGAUGGGUCCACCUGGAGCUGGCAAAGGAACACAGUCUCGCCUCAUUACUGCUGAGUGUCCUUCUUAUCACAUCAUCUCUGCAGGUGAUACUCUCAGAGAGGAGAGCCAGACUAAUCCUCAACUCAAAGAAUUACUAGCAAGCGGAAAAUUGGCUCCUGAGGAAGAAACAGCUAAAUAUCUUUUGAAGAAAAUGAAUAGCAUUUACAAGGAAUAUUAUGAACAAUAUGUAACAUCAGUGACAACACCAUCCAGUUCAGUUGAUAAGGAAGCAGCAACUACGGGAACAACUCCAGCUCAAGAAGUAGAUCAACAAAAUCAGCCAACCAAGGAUGGACCAGCAGAUUUGAUUUCAACAAGUGUUGAGCAACAACAGACCGUUCCCUCUCCUAAUUUCAUUCUUGAAGGUUAUCCUCGCAAUCUCAUUCAAACCAAACAAUUUUUAACCUGGUUCACAGGAGGAGACAUUCACUUUUCUAAACAUCACACAAUAAUUCUUCAUUUACUUGUAGAUAAGGAAUGUAUUAAGGAAAGAUUGAAAGGAAGACUUAUUCAUGAUAAAAGUGGACGUACCUAUCAUGUUGAAUUCAGAAAACCAAAAGUAGACUCACAGGAUGAUGUAACAGGAGAACCUCUUUCAAAGAGAGAUGAUGAUUUGAAUGAUGAAGCUAUUGCAAAUCGUAUGGAAACAUACAAGUCUCAAACAUUACCCACUUUAGAAUUAUUGAUCGACAAUGAAUUUGAAGUUGUUGACGUGACUGCCAUUGAACAUGAUAUUGAAAAGGUGAGAUCUAAAGUAUUUCGCAACCUGAUUGAAAGAGGGUAUUUAGCUAAGCCAAAAAGCGCUCCUCCCAACACUGGUAAUACCACUGUAGGAACCACAACACCAGCUUCUGGACAGAUGGCUGGAAAGUCCAAGGAAAUUCAAGCCCAAAAGGCCGCAGCCAGAGAAAGCGGCUCCAAGGGAAAGAAGAAGAAAUGGUCUAAAUCAAGAGUCAAGGAGAAAUUGAACAACAAGGUUCUCUUCGACACCAAAUCCUUCAAUCAAUUGGUCAAGGAAGUGCCAAAGAUGAAGCUCAUCACCAUUGCCAGAGUGUCAGAAGCUCUCGGUGUCACUGGUAGUGUUGCUAAGAAGGGUUUGAGAUACUUGGAAGAAAAGGAUUUGAUCAAGCCUGUGGUCAAGCAUUCUAACAUGAUGGUUUAUGUCGUCAAGAAGGAAGAGACUGCUGAAGCACCAAAGGAAGAAACCAAGCCAUCCAAGAAGGAAUCCAAGAAAGAAAAACAAUAA